GUGCACCGCCGUCUGCAGAAGCCAGCCCCAGCACUGCUCGUAGAAAGAUGAAAACCAACCUUGAGCGCGCCUUGGAGGAUGUCGUCAACGUCUACCACCAGUAUGCCAUAAAGAAGCCCAUAGAUGACUACCUGAGCAAGAAUGAGUUCUCAGAGCUGCUGAAGGAGAAUGCCAAGUCCUUCCUCCAUAACACCUUGCCGCCUAACAUGUCCAUCGACGACUACAUAAGCAAACUCUUCGUCACAGCAGACCGCAACCACAACGGUCGCUUGAAGUUCACUGAGUUCCUGACCACGCUGAAUCUUGCAGUCAUUGAUGCCCACAAUAGGUCCCACCAGCAUCAUGGGAGCCACGACAAGCAUCCAGAUGCUGGUCAUGGCCAUGGCCAUGACCAUGGCCACGGUCCCCGCUAGUGAAGUGUUUUCCUGGGUGACUGUGCCCACGGGAUUGUGCUCUUCUAGCAGGAUCAUCCCUUCCGAUUGUCCACAAGCACAGUCAAACCCAUAAC